UACAAAAUGCCGGACAUGAAAUACAUUUUAGUAACUGGCGGUGUCAUCAGUGGUGUUGGAAAAGGUGUCAUCGCAAGUUCUUUCGGAACAAUUUUAAAAAGCUGUGGUAUUGAUGUUACGUCUAUAAAAAUCGACCCUUAUAUUAAUAUCGACGCUGGUACCUUCUCGCCAUAUGAACAUGGUGAAGUUUACGUGCUUGAUGACGGAGGUGAAGUGGACCUUGAUCUUGGCAACUACGAGCGUUUCUUAGAUAUUACACUGCAUCGAGACAACAAUAUUACAACCGGGAAGAUUUACCAACAGGUCAUUGAACGUGAAAGGCGAGGGGACUAUCUUGGAAAGACUGUUCAAGUUAUACCACACAUAACAGACGCUAUUCAAGAAUGGGUACAAAAAGUGGCACAUAUUCCAGUCACUCCUGAUAAUUCCCCUCCCAAGGUGUGCAUUGUGGAGUUGGGAGGCACAAUAGGUGAUAUUGAAGGAAUGUCAUUUGUGGAAGCAUUUAGACAAUUCCAAUUUAGAGUUAAAAGAGAAAAUUUCUGCUGUGCUCAUGUCUCCUUAGUGCCAAUGCCAAAAUCAACAGGUGAACCAAAAACAAAACCCACACAAUCAUCCGUCAGAGAACUAAGAGGACUUGGUCUGUCCCCUGAUUUAAUUCUAUGCCGUUCUGAAAUACCUAUUAAUCACACAGUGAAAGAAAAGAUUUCUAAUUUCUGUCAUGUCGGACCUGAGCAGGUUAUAUGCAUACAUGAUCUGAGCUCGGUAUACCAUGUGCCACUGCUGAUGGAAGCACAGGGGGUGGUGCAGUAUCUCAAUGAAAGGCUGCAAUUGAAUAUGUCCGUGCCUCGACCUGGAAGAUUUAUGCAGAAAUGGCGUAACCUAGCGAAGAGAGUAGAAAAUUUACGUAAAGAAGUGAACAUAACUUUAGUUGGGAAGUACACUAAGUUGGAAGACAGCUAUGCAAGUGUUACUAAGGCGUUACAGCACGCGUCUAUAGCAGCUGGGUACAGACUCAAUCUGACGUAUGUGGAAGCUGUUUCCUUGGAGCGUCAGACAAAGAUAGAUGAUCCUGUUAGCUAUCAUAAGGCUUGGCAGGAUCUUUGCAAGUGCGAUGGCGUCAUAAUCCCCGGUGGAUUCGGCCAAAGGGGAAUGGAGGGAAAGAUCGAAGCAGCUCAAUGGUGUCGUGAAACGCAGAAACCUAUGCUGGGCAUAUGUUUGGGUCUGCAAGCCGCUGUCAUAGAGUUUGCUAGAAACGUUCUCGGUCUGAAGGGAGCUAAUACCACAGAAGUAGAUCCUAACUGUGAAGACAAACUGGUCAUUGAUAUGCCUGAACACCAUCCCGGAAAUCUCGGCGGUACAAUGAGAUUGGGGAAACGCAAAACAUAUUUGGAAUCUAGUUUAAUAUCACAAUUAUACAAGAAAGAUAUAAUAGAGGAGCGUCACAGGCACCGGUAUGAGGUGAACCCGGAGUACAUAGAGCGGCUGGAGGCUGCCGGGCUGCGCUUUGUGGGCAAGGACGAGACGCGCACGCGCAUGGAGGUGGCGCUGGUGGACGGACACCCAUACUAUGUCACCGUACAGUUCCAUCCUGAAUACCUCUCCAGACCACUGUCACCCAGCCCACCAUUCUUGGGAUUAAUACUAGCCUCAUUAGGAAAGCUGAAAUCUUAUCUCUCUAAAGGUUGCCGACUGAGUCCCAGAAAUCAGUCUGAUGUUAGUUCAGAUGAAGAAGAUAUCUCAGUAUCAUCAUUAAGUUUAAUUGAAGAGAAAACUGUCAUUGAAAAUGGCAAGCAUGUUAACGGUGUUAAGUAAAAAUAUAAAUUUAAGCUAUUAAUCUUUAUAGAGUUAAGUUCAAAUGUAAUUCCACAUAAAAUAUACAAUUUCUAUGUA